GCAGGCACCCCCCUCCCCUUUGUGAUAUUCCCUUGGCGCCGCCGCCCUCCUCACAAGUAAUUUUGCUUUCUUGGGGCAUAUAUGAGUGUGAAGCUCUAUUACUGCUGUCUUGGAUAAUCUCUUCUAAUUCAAUGGCUCUAUCUCCUCAAACAUAUGCCAUCCACAAAGAAAAGCUUCUUUUCAGGCCAUCUACAAAUUUUUUGACGAAGUAUCCCAGGGGAUGUAAUCAAUCAAGCUUUUAUUCAAAUUUUUUUACGAAACAGCAAAGCUUGGUCAACUCAUCUUCUGCAUCUAUUUAUAAACAAGAUAAACAUCUGUCCUUUACAUGGCCCUCACAGAUGGGUCAUUUGAGAAGACCAGUAUGCAGGAGUGGUGGGCCAUGCUAUCCUCUUGAUGUUGAAAAGUCAUCUAUCUCAGUAGGAGAGAAGUUUCAACUUGAUGAUGUAAUAGAAUCUCAACAGUUUGAUAGAGAAAUCAUGUCUGAUAUAUUUGAAGUGGCUCGUGAAAUGGAAAAAAUUGAAAAAAAUUCAUCUGCAAGUAAAAUAUUAAGGGGCUAUUUAAUGGCUACUCUAUUCUAUGAGCCUUCCACACGAACAAGACUUUCUUUUGAAUCUGCUAUGAAAAGACUGGGAGGAGAAGUUUUGACAACAGAAAAUGCACGAGAAUUUUCCUCUGCAGCAAAAGGAGAAACUCUUGAAGACACAAUAAGGACCGUUGAAGGAUACUCUGAUAUAAUUGUCAUGAGACACUUCGAAAGUGGUGCUGCUAAAAGAGCAGCUUCUACUGCUAAUAUUCCAAUUAUCAAUGCUGGAGAUGGUCCAGGCCAGCAUCCAACUCAGGCUCUUUUGGAUGUAUAUACUAUUGAAAGAGAAAUAGGUAGAUUGGAUGGAAUUAGACUGGGCUUGGUUGGAGAUCUUGCUAAUGGGAGGACGGUCAGAUCACUGGCUUAUUUAAUUGCUAAGUACCAAGACACAAAGAUCUACUUUGUCGCUCCAGACAUUGUAAAAAUGAAGGAUGACAUAAAAGAUUACUUGACAUCUAAGGGUGUGGAAUGGGAAGAGAGCAUGGAUUUAUUGGAAGUUGCUUCAAAGUGUGAUGUUGUUUAUCAGACACGUAUUCAGCGAGAACGGUUUGGUGAGAGGAUAGAUCUUUAUGAAGCAGCUCGUGGGAAGUACAUAGUGGAUAGGAAGGUGCUUGAUGUUAUGCCAAAGCAUGCUAUUAUCAUGCAUCCUCUCCCAAGGCUCGAUGAGAUAACAGUGGAUGUUGAUGCUGAUCCUAGGGCUGCAUAUUUCAGACAAGCCAAGAAUGGUCUCUAUAUUCGGAUGGCUUUGUUAAAGCUUCUUUUACUUGGCUGGUGAUGGAUAAUGAGUCAGUUAUCUAAAUUUUUUUGUCCAAUCUUCUAAAAUUUCUUUUUUGCUUAUGUUUUGCUGUAUCCCAUUCUGUUCUUUGUUUUGAACUCUCUUUUUUUCUCGUUCUUUCUCAAAAUUUUGAUGGCCAAUUCCAACUUCCACCAUCAAAAAAAAUCAGCAUGAUGAAUCAUUCUUUUUUUCCCCCGUUUUUGGUGAUGAUCAAUGUAAAUGGACCAACCUUUUGUAUUAUUUAUAUUUAAUGCUCUCUCAUGGUAGUUGAUGUAUGUAAAUCAGAUUUUCUUUUUUCUGGUGAUUGGUAAGACCAUGGAGAAGGAUCAUUUCAUCAUAUUAUCAGCGUCAUAUUUUCAUUCUCU